CACUUCUCUAUGCCACCAUCUUUGGGAAUGUGACGACCAUCUUUCAGCAGAUGUAUGCCAACACUAACAGGUACCAUGAGAUGCUCAACAGUGUGCGAGACUUUCUGAAGCUCUACCAGGUGCCAAAAGGAUUGAGUGAGCGAGUCAUGGAUUAUAUCGUGUCCACUUGGUCCAUGUCCAGAGGCAUUGACACAGAGAAGGUCCUGCAGAUCUGCCCCAAGGACAUGAGAGCUGACAUCUGCGUGCACCUGAACCGCAAGGUGUUCAAGGAGCACCCAGCCUUCCGGCUCGCCAGUGAUGGCUGCCUUCGAGCACUGGCCAUGGAAUUCCAGACAGUGCACUGCGCCCCAGGGGACCUCAUCUACCAUGCAGGAGAGAGUGUCGAUAGCCUCUGCUUUGUGGUCUCUGGCUCUCUGGAGGUGAUCCAGGAUGACGAGGUGGUGGCCAUCCUAGGGAAAGGAGACGUGUUUGGAGAUGUGUUUUGGAAGGAAGCCACCCUUGCCCAAUCCUGUGCCAACGUUAGGGCCUUGACCUACUGUGACCUGCAUGUGAUCAAACGGGACGCCUUGCAGAAAGUGCUGGAAUUCUACACGGCCUUCUCCCAUUCUUUCUCCCGGAACCUGAUUCUCACCUACAACUUAAGGAAGAGGAUCGUGUUCCGGAAGAUCAGUGAUGUGAAACGAGAAGAGGAAGAGCGCAUGAAACGGAAGAACGAGGCCCCCCUGAUCUUGCCCCCUGACCACCCUGUCCGGCGACUCUUCCAGAGGUUCCGGCAGCAGAAAGAGGCCAGGCUGGCGGCGGAGAGAGGGGGCCGGGACCUGGACGACCUGGAUGUGGAGAAGGGCAAUGUCCUCACUGAGCACACCUCGGCCAACCACAGCCUCGUGAAGGCCAGUGUCGUCACUGUGCGUGAGAGCCCGGCCACACCCGUAUCUUUCCAGGCAGCUUCUACCUCUGGAGUGCCAGACCAUGCCAAGCUGCAUGCGCCGGGGUCCGAGUGCCUGGGCCCCAAGGGGGGCGGGGGCGACUGUGCCAAGCGCAAAGGCUGGGCCCGCUUCAAAGAUGCUUGUGGGAAGGGCGAGGACUGGAACAAAGUGUCCAAGGCCGAGUCAAUGGAGACGCUCCCAGAGAGGACAAAGGCAUCAGGUGAGGCCACGCUGAAGAAGACAGACUCUUGUGACAGCGGCAUCACCAAGAGCGACUUGCGCCUGGACAACGUGGGUGAGGCCAGGAGUCCCCAGGACCGCAGCCCCAUCCUGGCAGAGGUCAAGCAUUCCUUCUAUCCCAUCCCUGAGCAGACGCUGCAGGCCACGGUCCUGGAGGUGAGGCACGAGCUGAAGGAGGACAUCAAGGCCUUGAAUGCCAAAAUGACCAAUAUUGAGAAACAGCUCUCUGAGAUACUCAGGAUAUUAACUUCCAGAAGAUCUUCUCAGUCUCCUCAGGAGCUGUUUGAAAUAUCGAGGCCUCAGUCCCCAGAAUCAGAGAGAGACAUUUUUGGAGCCAGCUGAGAGGUCUGCUAAAAUAAAAAAGUCAAAGACAAAAACCUACACCCUGCCCUUGACACCAUCCCUACCACACAUGCCCACAUGACCAACAAUUUUCAAGUAGGCUUUUCCUGACAGAAAAUCUAAGUGGGGCCAGUGGCUUAGGCAUGUCUCUCUCUUUCUCUAUCUGGAAAAAGAUAUGAGAAGGGUAGCGUGCCCCUACCCUGCAAGAUGGCAGCUGCAUCUGAACUGUCUUUGCACAAUUUUGGAAGAAGGGACGUGCUGUCUAAAGGGUAUUUUCCUUCAUUUUAAAUUUUUUACUACCAUGAUAUUUGUAAAUGAUUAAAACUACCAGAACAGAGCAGCAGCCAUCUGGGGACUGGCGGGGGAGUGCUGAGAACCCCCGUGUAUAUAUCAUGCUGGGCUCCUUUGCCAAGACCCCUCAAAGACUGUGGUGGGCCAGGGACUUCCCAGCACCCCCGUCCUUGUACAGCCUGUGUCUGACAUCACCGUAUAUUUUCCUAUAGUCAUCAUUGGUGACAAGCUUGGGACAAGGGGAGUUUGAGGGACAGGAGGGCAGAGCCCGUGAACUAAUGGUUAAGGCCAAAAAAGCAGCUGCAGGUGCUGUGUGUGCCUCCCACAGACACUGAGAUCUAGGAAUCCUCAGGUCUCCUUCCCAAAAGAGGUGAGGGAAGAAUAAGAGCUGGAGGGAGGCCUUGAAAUCCAGGGGUUCUCCACCAUGUUGACAGGGAGGGCUCCAGAGGCCCCAGACGAGCCUCUGGCCUGCUCGCCUGCUCCACGCCGCUGGUUUCACACACAGGCUCCUUUGCUUCUUUCCCUUCUUGACCUGUUCCCAAGUGUUCCCAUGGCAUUCCUCAGGGUAUGGAGCAUCGGCAGGAAGGGUCAUGAGCCCAGCAUUGCUUUAUUAAAGCAGACACACCGACAC